ACACACGACACCUCCUCCCUCAUCCGCCGACACACCCUCCAUCUCUCUUCCGCUCGCCUAUCAUCGUCGCACACUCCUCGCCGAUACAUCGACUUCAUCAAACGAACCGAUUUCAGCGAUCCGACGUGCGCGAUUCUCCACGGCCACCCUUCUGCGAGACAGCAGCGACAUUCACCAGUUCGCCGCAAGACUCACGGACGCCUUCACUGGUUUGACGGCCCGAUAAAGCAGCGGAUACUCGACAUCUACAAUCGAACGCUCACUCCUCCCACUACCACGACUUCACCGCUUUGACAGCGCAAAAUCACGGAAGUGCGAGUUUGCGAUCAAUCCCGCCAACGCACGUGACUCAUUCUCCCGGCCGACGAAGUACAUUCCGCAACUUCACGACCACCCUCAAUACCGCAACCACGUUCUCACCACUCUUCAUCCGUACUUUUGCAAAGAACCACAAGCUCCGCAAGAGCUCCAAAGGUAUCAAGAAGCGAGCGACGCAUCGAUUUGAGGUGGCCCACAACAAGUCCUCUUCACCACGCACACCGCUCGGUAAGAUGGCGCAAGGCCUGUCUCCGGGCGCGAUCCCCGAUCCGGAGCCGAAACCACCGCAGGAGGAAGAGUGGCAGCAGAAUCUGAACGUGCGCCUGAUCUGUCGUGACUGUCGCGAGGAUCCACCAGAGCUGCGCGAGGAUCAUGCAAGUGGUGACUUGAUUUGCGAGAACUGCGGCCUUGUCCUUCAACAGCGCUCCAUCGACACCAGCUCGGAAUGGCGCACCUUCUCCAAUGACGAUCAGGGCAACGACGAUCCUAGCCGUGUCGGUGAUGGCCCGAACGCUCUACUCAACGGCGCACAGCUGAACACCAACAUCGCAUUCGGUGACGGCGGCAUGCGAAGCAAGGAAUUGCAUCGCGCUCAGAACAAAGCAAAUCACGACAAGAGCAACAAGCUGCUUCUGCAAGCCUAUAAGCAGAUUGGCGCACUGUGUGACGGCUGGGCACUCCCAUACACUGUCUCCGAGAGCGCAAAGCACAUCUACAAGGAUGCUGACGAGAGUCGCCUCUUCAAGGGCAAGAGUCAAGAAGCUCUCAUCGCCGGAUGUGUCUUCAUCGCGUGUCGUCGCAACAACGUGCCUCGCACGUUCCGUGAGGCGAUGGAGUUGACGAGCGUCAGCAAGAAGGAGAUCGGCCGCACUUUCAAACUCCUCGAGAACUUUCUCAUGAACAAGGAUAAGGGAAAGAACGCUGGCUCCGACGCAGCUGCAAACGGUGCGGUCGUCUACAACGAAGCCUACAAGGGCAGCGCCACUGCCGACCCCGCCGAUCUUUGUCAGCGUUUCUGCAGCAUGCUGGGCCUCGAUCAGCGCGCUACCAACGUCGCCAUUGCUCUGGCCACCGCCAUGACCAAGAGUGGCGCUCUGGCUGGUCGUUCGCCUCUCUCGUCGGCCGCCGCCUGCAUCUACAUGGCUUCCUACCUAAUGGGUAACCCCAAGCAUCCCAAGGAGAUUCAGUCUGUCGCCAAAGUCAGCGAGAGCACCAUUCGUCACGCCUACAAGCUUCUCUACGUCGACCGCAACAAACUCAUCACCGAUGAGCUCGUGGCUCGUGGUGCGGAUCCGGGGAAGUUGCCCAAGCCUUCUUAGAAGAAAGGCGAGGCUCAAACUUCCUCCGAUGACUCUGUACCUGGUUGUGGAUCCCGCUCGUCUGCUUGAAAAAGUACGCACGGGAUCAGUCACUCAUUUCGAUCGGAAUUCUGUCAUUUCAGAUGAAGACAAACACCGACACUGCUCCUCGGCAGCGAUCAAGAUCUGUUUGCAAGCAUCAUACUCUGCAAACGAAACCACUUUAUGACACCAAAAAAAAGGGCUCCAGCUGGGGAGGUCUGAUGGGCACCAGACGUGAACAUGGGAACGUUCUCCUUUGUGUUUCCGGGGGUCAUGAAUUAUCCGGCGCGAUUUCUGCUUUUGAUUACUCGCGCGUGCGCUUCUCGGUUGGCUCUUUCAAGAGCCAAGGAUCGGGAGGGAUUCAGUUCCUAGUGCGC